CUCUCUCGUUCACUACCCAGCCAAUGGGCCAAAGCAUUGCCGAGAUCAUCUCGCCGCUCCGGGGCCCUACGUACCUAGACUUGACUCCAAAUGCAACUUGGAGUGUCCUAUCAACAUCCGCGCUCCGUCUGAGAAGCGCCAUCUCCUGCGUCCUCGUCGAUUCCAGAAACAGAUAGGCUCAUGCCAUACAUUUCAAUCCAGAGCUCUCAAGUCAAGCACACACUACUUGUGCAGGUUAAUUAAGGUAGUGCCGUAGUGCCAUACCGGUAGCAGCCUCGCUAGCAGGGGCCCCAACUCCCUGAGCCGUCGAGGCAGCGAUGAAGAAGAGCGUGGUUCUGUACCCGGGCCUCGGCGUCGGCCACCUUACGCCGAUGGUCGAGCUGGCAAAGGUCUUCCUCCAGCACGGCGCCGCCGUCACCGUCGCGCUCGUCGAGCCGCCCACCAAGUCCCCCGACUUCUCCGCAGCGGUCGCCCGCGCCGCGGCCUCCAACCCGUCCGUCACCUUCCACGUCCUGCCGCCGCCUGCUCCGGCUGACGAUUCUUCCAGCUCCAGCGACGGUACGGUAGCGCACCGCAUCGUCAUGAUGUUCGACUACCUCAAGGCCAUGUGCGCGCCGCUCCGCGACUUCCUCCGCUCGCUGCCCGCCGUCGACGCGCUCGUCCUCGACAUGUUCUGCGGCGACGCCCUCGACGUCGCCGCCGAGCUCAAGCUGCCCGUCUACUACCUCUACUCCUCGGCCGCCGGCGACCUGGCCGUCUUCGUCAACCUGGCUCGCGCGACCACGAGUUACGAGGGGCUCGGCGACUCCCCCGUCUCGUUCCCCGGCGCUCCUCCGUUCAAAGCUUCGGACUUGCCCAAAGAGGUUGUGAACGGCAGCCCGGGAGCAAAGGCCAUCCUCCGCGCGCUCUACCGGAUUCCAGAGGCCGACGGGAUUCUCAUCAACACCUUCGAGUCCCUGGAGACGCAGGCGGUGCGCGCUCUGAGGGACGGCCUGUGCGUUCCCGACCAUUCCACGCCGCCGGUUUACUGCAUCGGGCCGCUGGUCUCCGGGGGUGGAGAGAAGGAGCACGAGUGCCUCCGGUGGCUGGACACGCAGCCAGACAAGAGCGUCGUGUUCCUCUCCUUCGGAAGCAUGGGCACGUUCCCCAAAAAGCAGCUUGAGGAGAUCGCCAUUGGGUUGGAGAACUCAGGGCAGAGGUUUCUAUGGGUGGUGCGGAGCCCGCGGAACCCCGAGGCCAUGCUUGCCCAGCCACUCCCGGAGCCGGACCUCGACGCCCUUCUCCCGGAGGGAUUCUUGGGGAGGACCAAGGACACCGGGCUUGUGAUCAAGUCUUGGGCACCACAAGUGGAUGUGCUACGCCAUAGAGCGACCGGCGCGUUCGUCACGCACUGCGGGUGGAACUCGACACUUGAAGGCAUCACGGCGGGGCUGCCCUUGUUGUGCUGGCCAAUGUACGCGGAGCAGAGAAUGAACAAGGUGUUCAUCGUGGAGGAGAUGAAGCUCGGGGUGGAGAUGAAGGGCUACAAUGAGGAGGUGGUGAAGGCAGAGGAGGUGGAGACGAAGGUCAAGUGGGUGAUGGAGUCUGAAGGUGGGCAGGCGCUCAGAAAGAGGGUGGUAGAAGUGAAAGAAAGAGCGGCCGAAGCACUCAAAGAAGGGGGCUCAUCUCAUGCAGCUUUUGUUGAAUUCUUGAAGGAUCUGGAUACAUGAUCUUGUUUUAGCACACGGCAUGCGUGUUUAAUUCUUCGAAGACUUUGAGCCUCACACAUGCAUUGUUAACGCUUGAUUUCUAGUAAUAAAAAGUGGUCAACAUGGUUAUGCAUCGUCUCUA